UGUAAAAUUGUUGGUUUAACGGCCCUGGGGUUUCAACCCCGUGGUCGAAUGUUUAUACUGGAUGCGCGGCCGAGCGGCGCGGCGCGACCCAGCGCGCAUGCGCGGCUCCAGCUGGCGUCUCAGCCGGUCUGACGGUAGUCGAUGUCGGAGUCUCGGGAAGGUGGGAUCGUUUUCGCGCGCUCGCCGCCCUUUCACACCCCGUUCAUCGUGUGUACGUACACUUGACGCACGCGUAUAUACAUACGUGAGGCAGAGUUAUCACAGAGUGAGAUUAUCUGCAAGUGGGUGACAACGAUAAAAGCAGCGAGGGUCCGUCCGGAGGUGCGCGAGCGCCGAAUCCGAUAGUCGGGUCUGACUAUUGCCGGACCGGGAAAAGUUCAUCCGGACGAGGAUCAAGCCGGUGCGAUUUCGUCCGGAUCAUCGGGGAUCCCGAGGCUGCUCUCCUUCACUCCACAUCGUCGCCACCUACGUCGCCGUGGACGAUUUAUCUUCCGACGACUUCCGACAGGAUCGUAAACUUUCGCAGAAGGGAAACGCUUGUCGGGAAAUCCGGCGAGCCUUAAUGAUAAUAGCGACCGUUAUAUCCGCCGUAGGGUUUCAUCGACGAAGAAUCUAGACGCGCGCUGGAAACUAAUCGCUUCUGACCGGAGACGCUCUUCUUCGAGGUGUCCCUUAAAUUGCAAAAGAUAAAUGGAGGAAUUCCCGCGAAUUAUCGAUCUCGAGCGCACAGGCUUCCCGUAAAGGCUGAUUUAACGCGCGCGUGUCCCUGAAGGCAGCCCAAGAUUUAUUCUCGGCUACGUUAUCACCAGCCGUGCGACGAGACGAAUGCGCAGGAAAUCGGAGAGAGAGAAUGCUCGGCUGGUCGCCCUGGACAUGGGAUAGGUGAUGAUGAUAUCUCACUGGUGACGAUGGGGCGAUAAAUCGAGCUCGGUAAAAAUCACAAGAUGGAUUGGACACCUCGGAUCAGGUAGCCAGGAAACGACAAAGACAGUCGUGCGGCCAGCAAUCAAACGUUAAAGGGGAAUCAUCUUUAAUAAAGGCUACAUACGUUCCGCGAAUCCAUAUCCGCUAAACUCUCCGGUCGGAUCCUCCGUAAGACUGUCUCUUAUUCUCCGGAACAAGUCGUUCUUUUUUUUUAUUCCUUUCUCUCCUUCUCUUUCGAUUUCUUUUCCUUACAUGAGAAAAGAUUGACUCGACUCUCUUUCUUGCGAUCUUUAAGACUGUCCUAUAUUAUUCACUCCCUGCCGUUUGUGCCACCUGUCGCCAUUUAUCGCGAGUAAAGACUGAAAGCUUACGUUAGGUUCGGUUCAUCGGGAAAUUCGCGUGGCCGACCUUUGGUCUCUCUAUACUCUAUCCUUCUCCUACCUUCUCCUCGAAGAAGCGAUCGUUGGAGAAAUUAUUGUCAAAGUUCAAAAGGAAUCGUUCAAUAGCGCUUUCUCGUAAUCGAUCAAUCUCGUUUUGGAAGACGCUUAGACUGAUGAAAAUACGAAGACUGAUUUGCUAUAUUUGCCCCGCGAAUUAAUUCAUCCGAACGAUCGAAAAUCGAACAACCAAACGGAUCACACAUAUCUUUACGUAUAUACAUAUCCUACAAGAUCCUCUCAAUCCGAUUAGCCCGUAUAGAAUCACGCGAAUUUAUCGGAGACUAUAAUCGUAUGUCCCUCGCGAAACGGAUUAUAUGCGUUCUGAUGUAGGGCAUGUGAUAUAUACAGAUACAUGUACAGACAUAUGGCAUAUGAUAUAUACAGAUACAGAAAAGGACAUGCAUAUGUGUGCGUGUGAAUGAAGAAGAUUCCGGAUGUUGCCUAAUGUACACGAGGGAAGUGGCGUAUAGCGGAAGUCGCUCGGUGAACGGUGAACGUAUAAAUUGGGACGCAUCGAUUUUCUCUCAGGAUCAACGACGACGAUGACGCGAAUGACGCCGGACGAGCAGUCGCGAUAAAGUGAUCGAUCCGUGAUAUAUUAUACGGACGCGUGAUAUUUUGGUGACGCGAAGUGUGAGAUCAGUGUUACCGCUGCGCAUGAGGACGUAAGGGUGCAGGAUGGGUUGUGGACAGAGCAAAAUCGGCAGUAUCUAUCCGAAGAACAAGAAGAACAAAAGCAACAGCGCGAAGAAGAACGGCGACUCCAUUCGUAACGCGUCGUCUGUGGAGCAGAAGAACGGAAAUGGCAACGUCAAGGGCAACAAGACGAACAACAACGGUGUCGAGGUGAACAGAAACGAAGACCAAAAUGGCGUUGAUGCCAAGGGACAAGCAAAGAAGAAACCAACCGCACCUGGGGGCGGACCUCUGUUACAACAGGCAGAGAUAUCCACCAGCCAGCUAGAUUUCUUCAAGAUGCUCGAUGAGAAAAUUGAGAACGGUCCGGAUUACGACGAGAGCCUCGACACGGUGAAUCGAGCGGAGCGAGUGUCCAAUCUGCUUCGGCGCUGGGAGCUGGCCAGCGUGACCUGGUCCAGCGUCUCCGAGCUGGACGGUACGUCUUUACCGUCUAACCAGAAGAGUCGGGCGUCCGCGCUGAACAGUCCCCGGCAGAGUCUGAGCGCCAAGGACCGCGAGGGCAUGAGGAACAUCGUGGGCGGUAGACCGGAAAGCGCUCCGAUCUUCGUGCGUAACGCGAAUCGGGUGGACGGUCUGCAGGACAUGGGUCACUUCUGUCCGUCGCCGAAUAUGCCGCGACACGUCCUGGAAUCCAUCACCCAGAGCCCGACGCAGAGCGUGAAGACGGCGACACCGCCUGGAUGCUCGUCGCCGAUCGGCUCGCGAUACGUUCAGGAUGCCUACGGUAAGGAGUGCUCGGUCGUGAGCGAGCAGCAGCAGCAGUCGAAGAAGCUCCACUACGUCGGGCAGAACCCGGUGAAUGGGGAGUACGUGACGCAACAGGCGCUCUAUCGCGAGCAGUAUCUGCAACAGACCGGUAUAAUCGCCGUGCCCCAAUACUCGGCCGGCUCGGCCGGCGGAAACGUCCUCAGGAACAAUCCGUACGUUCAGCACUUUCAGAUCGCCGCGAAUUCCCAACACUUUGCCGCGCCCGCGAGAAGACGGGGCUUCAACGCCGCGCAGAUGACGUGACCGGGAUGGGAGCAGCGAUCGGCGAGAUAAGAAAGACUGAGCUCUGCGGCUGAGAGUCGAGAGACGGGGACCCCGGACGUCCGUGAGGACGUCCUUGAAGAGAGACGAAGAGACGCUUCCUCCGAGUGGUGACUGAUGGAAGAAGAAGAAGUGGGAAAGAGGAUGAAGAAGGAAAGACUAAGAACUGAGGAUAAUGAGAGAAUGCGAGUCGUACUAUUCUGUGUUCCUUAAAGCUUUUCGCGCUUUGAAUCUUUUUCUCGGUAACGAUUUCUACGAGGACUCUCCCAGGAAGCAUCGAUGGCUGGCCUACGUCAUCCGAGCGGAGUAUCAUCCGAGAAAGAGGAAGAACGAGAGGGAAUAAAAGUGCUGUUUCGCGCGCAGCAGAUGAAAUUAUUCUUCGCUACAAGUGCCAAAAUCUUACACGCGAGCCGAAUGUGCGGAAUGUGUAAACGAAAGGGGCCUCCUACGAAAUAGUACUUUGUUCUUCUCUCGUGAUACGCGAGGACUCAGAAUGUGCGUAUAUUAUGCAUACGCGAUACAUCUUAUUCGUCUGUUCCGUUUCUGAUUUCCUCUUUUUCUAACCGGUAGCGUCUCCACAUACUCACGUGAUUAUUUCACGGGUGGAAGACACGCGACCAGCGUUUUUGUAUAAUACAUGUAUACUAUACACGACGAGAGUAUAUAUAUGUAUAUGCGAAUGUAUGUGAGUAUGUAUGUAAGAAUGCAUGUGAGUGUAUAAAGGUACAUAAAUGCAUCUAAAAAAAAGAAAUGAACAACAAAAGAGGAUGUCGAAAUUAAAAGAUUCUUAUAAUUAUACGCUGUGUAUAGAUUCGCUGUACGUAUAUUGUAUGGAUACGUUUAACUUAAUGUGAUGACUGUAUAUUUAUAUGUUGACCAUGUUUAAAGUUAACUAUAUAUAAUAUAGUUGAUGAUGAGAGUUUUAUAUUUCAUGUUACGCGCUCUAUAUACACAUAUGGGAUAUAUACACAUAAUCAAAACUCGCUGCAUCACUCUCGAACUGUCGAUCUUAUACUUUUUUUGUUCUGUCGAACAAUCCUCCUUUUUUACAAAUAAAUUCACAAUUUCUCCCUA